UUUUGUGGAAAAUAAUGAAUGUCUGUUGAUAUCUAGGAUAUUUGGCAUUAGAUACGCUUGUUGUUAUUGUAUAACAGUCAUGCACAGACGGGGACAUGGAAUCGGGGCCAUCAAGAAGAAGGAUCUGGCUCAGGCUCGUUACAAAGACAAAGGGUCAGAGAUAGCAGAGGAUCAAGUAUCACAGAUGGCUAAACAAAUGGAGAAAUUUAAAGAAAACCUAGAAGACUUUGCUGCAAAACACAAAGAAGAUAUAAAAAAAGAUCCAGAAUUCAGGGUCCAGUUCCAGGAAAUGUGUGCCUCUAUAGGGGUGGAUCCCUUGGCAUCAAGUAAAGGAUUCUGGGCAGAGAUGUUGGGAGUUGGUGAUUUUUACUACGAAAUUGGUGUUCAAAUUAUAGAAGUGUGUAUCGCUACUAGUCACAGAAAUGGAGGUCUAAUUGGUAUAGAGGAGCUUCGAGACAGACUAGUGAAAUCCAGAAGCAAGAAAAGUCAGGAUAUUAGCAUAGAUGAUCUUUUACGAGCCAUCAAGAAGUUAAAGGUGUUAGGUAAUGGGUUUACUGUUAUACCUGUCGGCCGUACCUUCCUAGUCCAGAGUGUGCCCGGAGAGCUCAGCAUGGACCAUACCAUGCUCCUUCAGCAAGCACAGGAUUUAGGCUUUGUGACAAAAUCAGAGUUGUUAUCUAAACUUAAAUGGGAAGAGGAGAGAGCAGGGAGAGCCUUGGACUUCAUGAUCAAGGAGGGCUUGGCAUGGCUGGAUGACCAGGCUACACCAGAGAGACAGUACUGGUUCCCUAGUUUCUUCCCGUAUACGGCUGUUGUGUCCUGAGGACAGCGAUGUAAACUGACCAAUGACUAAUAAACUGAUAGCAACAGUCGAUGUUUAAACUGCACAAACUAGCAUCUAGUUUUGCUGAAAUAGAAACCAACAAAAAUACAAUGUCUCAGUUCUUUUGAGGUAUUAUUGUUCCUGCAGCAUUACUUGUGUACAGUAAAACCCUAGGAGCAGAAGUUACAGAUUUGAAAAAACAAUCUGUCAUAUAUAGUGACAAUAGUAGUGAUAAAGUAUAGACACAGGGACUUGGCAAGUUUCCCCUACCUAUAGUCUAUAUAUGUAUAAGAUGUAUAAUUUAGUGAUAAUGCCCAGGGGUUGGGAACUUGUACCAACUAAGUCCCUGUGAAUCCAGAUAGUGUUAAACCUGUAGCCUUCAAAUUCACUAUCUUGUCUAAAGCUGGCAUAUUUCAGUGUCCCCUUUUGUUUUUUCGUUACAUUUCGUUUAAACUUCCAUUACGAGAGGACAUUAUCAGAAGGUUUUAUUGUUGUCUGCAUGUUACAGUGUAAAUGACAAAUAGAUGCUUAUGGUGGAAGAGAAAAUCCACCAUUUUGGAUCAAUUGCAUCAAAUCCAAGAUGGGCGAUAUAUACUAAGCAAACAACUAAGCAUUUUAAUCAUAUGAUCAUUAGUAUUUACAUAGUUGACAUAUUUUUUCUGUGUUAACAUAGGUUUACACUUAAUUGUAAAAUAAAUACUGUAAGUGCAAUAAAAAUGUAUGACAAACACCAUGUAAUAA